AUGUCUGCCGCCGCGCGAGUACUCGCGCUCCCAGAGCUCCUGGAGUUCAUCAUGCUUGAGAUUGCCGCUCAGGCAGACCUAGACUCCGACAAUUCCCUGGAGCCAAUCACCUCGCUUCUCCCACUGCAUCUCGUCGACCACACCUUCAACGACGUGCUCAAGAACUCGCCGCGGCUCCAGCGCCUCAUGUUUUCGCAGUCAGCGCCUUUCCUUCUCACUCCCAUGGAGUGGAUCCAGACCGAGCUCGAACGGAGCUCGCUCCCAAACAUCACAAUCAAUCGGCACACACGAUCGACUGACCUCACGAUCGACACACGUCCCAAGCAACUCUCAUGCUACGACACCAAGUCCAUGGAGCUCCUGGCCUCAAAACUCGCGAACCCGGCAGCAAGUUGGCGCCGAAUUCAGGUCUUCCAAAGUGAGAUCGAGUCGGAGAGACUGAGCACGGCGAUUGUGCACUACAGCAAUGGCUCCAGCCGUAUCAAAUUCGAUUUUGAGGACGGGACUACGCUUGGAGACAUCUUUGAUCGGAUCGUGGGCAUCGGUCAACGCACACCUGCCCAGCACGUGGCUGCUGCGAAUGCCACUUAUGAGUCAAACUAUCGGCGUCAAGAUUCUAUAAGAUGGCUCUCUCCUUUAUGGAGCCCUCAGAUGCGGCAAGCAGCUCUUCGAGCGCACUCUCGCGGCAGGAUCUGA